AUGGCAGCCGGGAGGAGGCUCUCGGAGCUGCUCCUGGACCACCAGGAGCCGUUCCUCCUCGAGGCCGCCAAGACCAGGAGGCUGCGGCGCGGCCGCACCAGCGCUCCUGGAGGAGGAGCUUGCUGCCCCGUGGCCGCGUGCCGGCGCCUGCUCAGGCUCUGCAGCUUCAAGAAGCGGGGCGUCGGCAUUGCCGGCCUGCGGACCGCGCUGAGGAGGGUGCUGCGCUGGGAGAGCCUCGGCGCCGGCGGGUGCUUCCUCCCCGUCGGCGGCGGCGACGGCGAGUUCCGCCGGCUAAGGCGCCGAUCCGCGGGCGACAGCGGCGAGUGCGACGCCCGCGCCAUGGAGUUCGGCGACGACGAGCACGACCGGGCGAGGUGGAAGGCGGACAUGGAGAUGGAGGUUGACUGCUCGCGGCAGCUCAGCCCCGUCUCCGUUCUCGAGCUGCAUUCCGACGUCGACGAGUCUCCGGUGCAUUCCUUCUGGGAGGACGAGAAGCCAUCAACCUCCGGGAGCUCACCUGCAUCCGAAGACUUCCACGGCCCGACCUCGCCAUGCUUCACCUACGACAUUGUAGACGACAAGGCGUGCGCGAUGGACACGACGGAAGAAGAGGACGAAGAGGCGGUCAGAAACCACCGCAGGUCCAUCGAGGCGCAGAUCUCCGCGUGGGAGAGGAUCGCCGGGGACAUCGCCAAGAUCCCCGGCAUGGUGGAGCAGGACCUGGCGCAGUACAUGCAGCAGUGGCGGCCUGAGGUCAGGGAGAUCGGCGCCAGGAUUGAGACCCUCAUCUUCGAGGACAUGAGGAGGGAGACCGUCUGUGACAUGCUCGCCUCACGCUGUACAUUGGCACCAACAUCUUGUUGACCAUCAUCAGACACAGAGAGAAGUGAGGCUCUGGGAGUGUGCUUAUAAAAAUGAUACAGUAUUAGUAGAG